AUGGAACAAGGCAAUGAUACACAAAUUUCAGAGAUUCUUCUUCUGGGAUUUUCAGAGGAUCCAGAACUGCAGCCCCUAAUAUUUGGGCUUUUCUUCUCCAUGUACCUGAUCACUGUGUUUGGAAACUUGUUCAUCAUCCUGGCCAUCAGCACAGACCCCAACCUCCACACUCCCAUGUACUUCUUCCUCGCCAACCUGUCCUUUGUAGACAUCUGUUUCACCACCACCACCAUCCCCAAGAUGCUAUGGAACAUCCAGACUCACAGCAAAGUGAUCACUUAUGAAGUCUGCCUCAGCCAGAUGUAUUUUUUCAUACUCUUUGCCAUGUCGAAUGUCUUUCUCCUAAGUGUGAUGGCCUAUGACCGCUUUGUGGCCAUCUGCCACCCCCUGCACUACAAGGUCAUCAUGAACCCCCGGCUUUGUGGACUGUUGGUUCUUGUGUCCUGGAUCAUGUCUAUCCUGAAUUCCUUGUUACAAAGUUUAAUGAUGUUGCUGCUUUCCUUCUGUACACACUUCCAAAUCCCCCACUUUUUUUGUGAACUCAAUCAGAUGAUUCAUCUUGCAUGUUCUGACACCUUUAUUAACAACUUGGUGAUUUAUUUUGCAGCUGUCCUGCUGGAUGGGGGUCCUUUUGCUGGGAUCCUUUACUCUUAUUCUAAGAUUGUUUCCUCCAUAUGUAGAAUAUCAUCAGUUCAGGGCAAAUAUAAAGCAUUUUCCACCUGUGCAUCUCACCUCUCAGUUGUCUCCUUAUUUUAUUGUAUGACGCUUGUUGUGUACCUUGGCUCUGCUGCUCCCCAGAGCUCCCACACAAGUGCAGUAGCCUUGGUGAUGUACAUGGUGGUCACACCCAUGCUGAACCCCUUCAUCUACAGCCUGAGGAACAGAGAAUUAAAGAGGAGUCUGAAAAUGUCUCUCAGAUUCCAAUUCUUUGUUCUCCCUCUUCCACAUAUAGAGUACUAUUGUGAUUACACUAGUCCCAUCUGGAUAACCCAGGCUAAUCUUUUUAUAGAGAUCACUGAUUAG